UCUUCAUCAAAUAAUUGAAGGUAUCUCGCACUAAAGGGGUGGUUUUCGGAAUCAGUAAAUCUGUUAUCCCUGGAAAAAAAGUCACGGAAUGAAAACAAAUUUGGGAGUAUAAAUUGAGAUCAAUAUUAUAUUUUGUUAUUGAUACUUGAUAUUAGAUCUUUGAGGAAAGAAGAAUCAACAUGAAGCUAACUUUAAUCCUUCUUAUUGUGGCCACUGUGGUUGUUGUGGCAUGCAAUGCAAAACCUCACAGAAAGAGAAAUAGCCGUGAUGAACCCAGCAAGGAAGAAUCUGGUUCUGAAAAAUCCACUGAUGACCCAGAAUGCAAGGGAGCUUCUGGUGAGAGUGAAAAUAAUUCAGAAAAUGAUGAGACAAGGGGAAGUAAUGAAGGUAAUAGUGAAAGUACUGGAGAUGGGGAAGGUUCUUCCAGUAGUGGAUGGACAGAAUCAAGUAGUGAAAUUGGCAUCGAGGUAUCGAGUUCUGGAGAAGAUAAAACAACUAGUAGUCCUGGUUCUUCAAAAUAGAGGCAGUCAUGCGAGUUGUUUAUGCUCUAAUAUUAAAGUUAUGUAUAAUCAUAUCAAAAAAGAAUUAAAGUUGUUAUAUAAUACUUAAGAAUA